AUGGAACGUUUUGAAGAUUUUUGUGAUGGAUUCGAAUUUACAAACCCUUCCGCCGAUGUAAAAAUAAGCAACAAUACAUCAGUAGCAGUGUCUUGGGGAAAAGGAUCAUCCGAAAUAGCUGAAGUUUAUGAUGUCGAAUUAUUUACCGAUAAAGGACUCGAGGCAAUUUUAUGGCAAGGUAGAGCGUCACUUCAAACUGGUAAUGCUACGGAAAAUGUCAACAUUUGGGCACCUCCGAACUUACCCUUACCUGCUAAAGUUAUGUUAAGAAGUUGGGGUGCAACUGCUAAAGGCCCCAAUUGUUUCACACUAAGUAAUACUACUAACAGUGAUAGUAGCAGUAUUGUUUCAUCAAUUGAACAAGAUUUUUAUUCUACAAAUAAUCCAAUAGGAAUAAAAGAUAAAUCAUUAAAACAUUUAUCAAGAGCAUUUCUUGUAUACAAGUUAUGUUCUAUUCAAUGGCUAGUAAAUAGUUCGUCAAGUAUUAUUCGAUUUGCGGAAAAUUUUCACCUUGGAGGUCCAAUGUACUGGGUGAUGAGAAAAACAUUCUAUGAACAAUUUUGGAUUUCUAAUGAAUCAGAUAUUGAAGAUAGUGAUACAUCGGACCAAUUUAAUAAAAAGGCAGAUAUGGUUUUUGAUAUAACAAAGAAUUGCAUUGAAACUAUAGCUUCCACACAAAAAAAUAGUUUUGUUGCUAUUAAAAUUACUGGGAUGUUGAAUCCUAAAAUACUACAAAAUAUCACCACAUUUUUAAAUUUGUUGGAUGAUAAUUUCGAUAAAUUUGAGAUAAACGAUUUUGAUGAUUACGAUAAAAUGAUUAAAGGAUUAGAUGAAAUUUUUAAUGUUGCAAAGUCAAAAGAUGUUUGUAUAUUGAUAGACGCCGAACAAAGUUAUUUCCAAGCAGUAAUUGAUUCCAUAGCAAUGAAAUUUUCCAAGAUAUUCAACUAUUAUGGCAACUUUAAUAAAAAUAGUGACGGUGAAAAAUAUUCAGGACCAGUUGUUUUCAACACUUAUCAAAUGUACACAAAAGAUUCAAAGAAACGGCUAACACGUGAUUACGGAUUAUCAAUUAAAGAGAAAUUCACAUUUGCAUUGAAACUUGUACGUGGUGCGUACAUGGUUAGUGAACGCGAACUAGCCAAAAAACUCGGGCAUCCUGAUCCAAUUCACAAUACAUUACAAGAUACUCAUAAUUCAUAUAAUGCAGGAACAAAUAGCCCAAUUGUAUUUAUGGUUGCUUCGCAUAAUAAAGAAUCAAUUGUGAAUUCAUUUAAACAAAUGGAAUUACUAAAUAUUUCACCAAAAUCUGGAAUAGUACUUUUUGGAAUGCGCGAUCAAAUCUCAUAUACAUUGGGAAAAUAUGGAGCUCAAGAAAAUUCCUCGGCUUUAGAAUAUGUAAAACCUGAACAAGAAUAUCUAAAAAAAGAGAUUUUCAACAGAAUAUUUUCAUCGUAA